AUGAGUGAAUUUCGUAGAAAAACAGAAACAGAAGCGGAUAGAGAAGCAACCAUUGUACAACCGAUAGAAAACGCAGCGGAAGCAGCUAAAUAUUUCAAGUAGUAAAGAUUAGUGCAGUAGAAAUUUGCAAAAUUUCUCCGAAAGUUGAAUUAAAUAGUGAUAAAUCGGUGGAAAACUCGAAAAUAAGUGCGACAACAAAUAAAAAGAUGCAAAGCCCUGCAUAGUGCGGCUGUGUAUGAAAUUGUGUGGAAUAUACCAUAGUUGUGUAGUGAUUAUCAAAUUGAAAAAUACCUACUAUAAAAAAGGUCAAAGAAGAAGCAGAAAAGCAAAAUACAAAGCGGUAAAAUGGGCUUGAACGGCUGCUGUUCGUGUGUAAAAUACUUGAUGGUGCUCAUAAACAUCUUAUUUUGGAUUAUUGGUUUGGUCAUAGUGGUCGCCUCGGUAUGGAUGCUCACCGAUCCCACAUUCGUACUCUCGAUGACGCAAUCGUAUAAUCACUACUACAUAGCGCUCUAUGUCUUCCUUGGCAUUGGUGUGCUGAUCACGCUGGGCGCUUUCUUUGGCUGUUGUGGCGUUGUGAAAGAGUCGCAAUGUCUGCUUGUAUCGUUCUUCUGCGUAAUUUUGGUUGUGAUGGUGGCCCAGAUUGCCGCCGGCGCAUGGGCAUUCCACAAUAAAGACAAACUCGAUGACAUUGUACGCGCUUCGGUGAAGUAUUCCGUGCAGGAGGAGUAUGGCCAAUUGAGCAUGAGUUCGCGCACCGUCACAUUUGAUACCAUACAGAAGAAUUUGAAAUGUUGCGGCGCUGAUGGACCGGCCGAUUGGGCAACGAGCCGUUUCAAUAAUGUCGAUCGCACAAAUAUCGUUGAUAUUGCCAUUUCAUCGAUGAAUGUAUUCUACAAUAUACCCGAGUCGUGUUGCAAAGAUGAGCUGAAGGAAAACGUGUGCGAGAUGUCGAGAAAAUUGAAAUUUGGUGGUUCACUUAAUCAGGCAAUAUAUCAACAGGGUUGCGUUGACAAAUUAAUUGAGCUCAUCUACGAGAAUUGGGUACUGCUAUUCGGCAUCACCGCGGGUGUGAUUCUAUUGGAACUGUUGGCGCUGACCUUCUCAUUGAGCCUUUGCUGUGCGGUACGCAAUCAACACUACAAAGCCUGAGAAUUACUGAAUUCCCAACGGGAAAUAAAUGACGACGAAAAGUACUAACAAACCAAACCGAAGAGAAUGAGGGCAAAAGCAUAUUAAAUCGAAAAAAAUGUGAACAAACAAAACUUGUAGGAAGCAAACUCAGCUAUGGUGAAGUUGAGGAAAAUUAGAGAAAAUUAUUUAAAAUUAAGUGCGGUGUUAAAUAAUUUAACAAUUUUGAAAGUACUGUGCUAAGCUAGUGAAGCCAAGUAGUAGAGCGCAAAGAAAUUGUGAAAUGUAAGUGCGAAGUAAAUUCGAAAAGUGGCAUGCAAGUAGUGCAAAAAGGUAAGAAAAAUGAUUUAAGCGCUUAAAGGAAAAUAGUAAUAUUAUGAAAAAUAACAGGACUUUGCAGACAGAAAACGUUAAAAAACAAACAAACAUAGCAUAAAGAUAUCUAGAAACAUUCUAGUAAAAUUUUUCACAAAAACUUUUUGUAUUUUCCAAACCUUUUUAAAGCAGCAAAUAAAUAAAUAAAACACUCUUUAUAAAGGAAACUGAACUUUCAUCUUCAUACAACAAUAAUCAAAAUGCAUAGAUACCAAAGCGAAUCUAUAUAAGGCGGCACUAGAGCGACAACCGCAUUUACGUGUAUUUUGUUUUUGCAGUUUGGUGUUUCGAAUGUUUCAAAUUUCCAUGAGCAUGUAAACAAACAAGCAAUGUAAACAAAGAAGCAGGUCACUUUGACAUUCAAAACAUCAAAUCGUAAAAUGAGCUGCUCUAAUGCCACCACCUGAAAUGUAUUCGCCCCGAUAGAUACUAUAAAAAAUAAGGAAAGCACAAAAUAGUUUUGAUGAAAAUUUGCAAAUAAAUGUAACAAAUAUAAUUUUAGUGCUCCCAUGCCCAACUGCACUACUUUGUAUAGUUGAAGGAGAAGUUAAAAUAUGCACUUUGAUCCCAACAUGUAACUAUUUUUAACACUUUAUGAUGCCAAAUUUACGUUUUGCGAAGCACAAAUUAAAUAAUUAAGUAAAUAUGUUGACAAAUAAUUUUCUUCAACUGAACAAAAACUGUAUAAGUUUUGAGUCUUCCGCUAAAAAAAUGUAUGAUUAGUUUUUGCCAAAUGUAAAUGUAACAAAAAUUUUAAUUAUUUAAAAGUAAAAAAAAUGUUAUGAGAAUCUCUCAAAGUGAAAAGUACAGUGUGAGAUGAAGAUGUGAAACUGAUUAUUUUUUUUUUAUUAUAAUUUUUGUUUAUUAUUUAUGUAAGAUAUUUUAUUUAACAUCCUCAACUCAUAAACUCAUAAAUCAGCAGGUGAUUUGCUGCAGCGGCAUUUUGAAGGUCGAUUUCCUAAUAGAAUGCAACAUCUGGAAUACGGAAUAGUCAUGCACGAAGAAACGUCUAAUUUCAAAUUGCGUGGGCGCGCGCUAUACACAAUUAGAGCUGCCUUUAGGUUAUGUAGUGCUGGCUGUUCUGUACAAAAUCUCACUUUCUCCUCUCCUCUAGUGCUCUGUAUUUGGAGUCGAAGAUAUUAUUUUAUGUAAUUCUUAAUGUACCUCUUCGCGAGUUUUAACAAGCCGUUCAGCCUUUAGUCAGCAAUAUCCUUCAAGAAUGCGAAAUAUUUUGAUCCUAAGCCCAUUUGCCGAGUCCUACAAAGGGCAGGGCAGUGGCAAUGUGGGUGUUCCAAAAUACGCCUAACAUUCGCUUCGUUGCUUGUGUUACACGCAUUGGCAUCUUGGCUGCAUGAUGUGGGGUGAGACAGUAUCCCGUCAGUACUCCAACCAGAGUUGCCUUUUAAUUAGAGAAGAAAUUCACAUCAGAAAAUCAGAUUAGGUUCAGUGAACGGCUUGAAAUCCAAAAUUAUGAAAAUUUUCCUUUGCCCAAUUAUUUCAUAUGUACGUACUUACAUACCGAAUAGGCUGGAGCGUGAAUAGCAUUCGGGAGUGCGUAGGUUCGAAUCUCAGCAAAAUUAUAGAAAAAGUUUUUUCUAAUAGCGGUCGUCCUCGGUAGGCAAUGGCAAAACCUCCGAGAGUAUUUCGGCCAUUAAAAUGGGUCUCAUAAAAAUAUUGUCUGCCAUUCUUAGGUGGCACAGAACAGUAAGUCUCUCCAUUGGUGGAAAAACAUAAACACGCACACUACAAAUAGGAGGAGAAGAUCAGCUACAUAAGUAACCAAUCAAAGGUGUAAGCGCCAAUUUUAUACUUACUUACAUACAAUAAAUGCUGAACAUGUGCUCAUUAUGAAUAGGGCCAAUGUAAUUUUUUAAUUUUAUACAAAAAAUUUCAUUGUUUAAACAAAGUCCAAAGUACAAGUUAGCUCAAAUUACAUUUAUGCCUAAUUUGCUUCUUUAUAUAUUUAUUUUCUCGAAAUACAACAAUGUGCCAUUAAAGAUCUAUUUUUUACAAAAAGACUUUUCCUUAUAAAAGUUGUUAGGUACAAAAACUUUAUUUAUUUUUUAUUUUAUUUUUUUUGUAUAAACAUAUCCCAAUAUAAGGAGUGCUUUGCCAUUUUGCUCACACUGUACGUAUUAAGAAAUUUAUUUUUGUACUACUUUUUAUGCAGAUUUUUUUAGAGUAAUUUUUAUGGUUUGGAGUAUUGACAUUCCAUAAACAAAGCAAUUAGAGAUGGGCAAAGGAAUGAGAGUCAAGAAAAAUUUUAAUUAUAAUUUAGCAAUUUUCUGAUUUUUUUAUAUUUACUUAUAUAAUUUUAUUUAACGACAUUUCUUAAAAUGAUUGUAUUAAAAAUAAUUAGUAAGAAACAAAAAAAUCAGUCAAAUAACAAAAAUUUUCUUAAAAUGGUUUUAUUAAAAAUAAUUAGCAACAAACAAAAAAUCAACCUAUUUGUAAAAAUUAAAAGCUCUCGUCUCGAUAAAUCGAUUAUAUUCUUCUGUUCGAUUAUCAACCAAAUUUUUUAUAAAUAAAUGAUUUUUCAAAAUAUCACAUAAAAUAAUUAUGCCAAUGCGUAUAAAAGUUAUGUUGUGUAGUCGCAUAAAAUACUUUCCAAAAAAUGUUGAAAAAGAUACUGGGCAUCGUUCUGGCAGCGUAGAAUCCACUGCCGUGGAAUUGUGUGAUGUUAUUUUAUAGUCGGUAUUUAUAAGACAAUCUCAGAGAAGAACAAGAGAGUAAAAACUUAAAUGAAUAUUUUGUAAAGAAUCAUUUUUUUCCUCUUUUUUAAAUGAAAUUAGUUGAUGAUACCCCAGAUUCAAGCGAUAAAUUUAAUUUUUUGGCAAUUGGCAUAAAUAAAAGAUCAUAGAAAAGAUGCAAAAUCCUUAUUUUUUAUUUAAAAAAACAACGUUGUUUGAAAAUAUAUUGUAUACAUAUGUAUAUACGUACGUUGUUUACAUAUUUGAAAAUUUUUAAUGGAAAUUAUUUAAAUAAUUGUCAUAAAUUGACCUGCAACUAAACGAAUUUCAAAGUUAUGCAAUUUUGUAGACAAUUUUGUCUACGUUUUUAUUUUUACAAAAACUAUUACAUAUAUUAAAAAGUAAUAUUUCAUUUUUAACGUCAACUUCAUGUCAACAAAUAAUUGCAAUAAAUUACGAAGCAGUACAAAAACAAAAAUCCUUCAAAACGCACACCCCAAGUGGGAGGAGGAGCUCGGCCAAACACGCAGAAACGGGUGUAAGCGCUAAUCAUAUAAAAAUCACAAAAUGUGCGAGCUACAGUGAAACCUCAAUGCAACUAGCCUUGAUAAAAUUAAAAACUCAAUGUAAAAACAUUUCUUCGGACCCCCGAAAAAACCGAGUUGUUGCGAAAUUUUUCAUACAAAAAUGGUCCAUAGAAGUAAACAUGAAAACCAUCGGAAUAUAAGUAUUUACGGUUAAAGUCACGUUGGUAAAAGUCUUGUUCAAUCUAAGACAGGCAAAAAAUAAAAACCAAAAAAACUAAACUAUAUUUAUAAUGAAUUUUUUCAAAAAGUCUCCUUGCACUGAUGUGUUGUUAUGCCAUAAAUACGAAAUAUCGAGGUCUCACUGUACUAAGUUUAUUUUUGUACUGUAAUGUACUUAUCAUUUAUGGAUAUGAUUGUUCACAUGAAAUUCGCGUUGAGGCUGAUUAUAUUUAAUUUUUUUUAUUAUUAAAAAAUAACAAAAAAUAAAACUAAAUAAGCAAGAAAUGCAUAUUCAAGGAACUUAAUUUCGAAUUCUUCGAACUUUUUUCAAAUGAACCCAUCUCUAUGGCGAAAAGUGAAAUGAACGGUGAUGUAGUCGAGUAUUUAAAUGCAUGCCAAUCAAUUUUUAAUUAAUGUUGCACAUACAUACUCACAUAUGUAUGGCAAGUGUAAAUACCUAACCGGCCCCAAGCAUAAAAAAUCUACGUUUGUCACAAACUCCACGAGAAUGUCAAGAAACACAAAUCUAUUUUUCUACCCCUUGCUUUUAACGAAUGAAUUUAUUUUAGAUACGAAUAUAUGUAUGUAUGUGAAUUUAGUGAUACUUUUUUAUUCUAAAGUCCGUUAUUUUAAUUUUGCUUCAUGAAUUAAUUUAUUAUUUUUUUUUUUUGCUAUUUUUUUUGUUGUUUUGGUUUAUUUUUUUUUUUUAAGAAAAUUUUAAUUUUAUUAUUUUUUUAUGUUAUUUGGCUUUUUUUGUUUUUUGUUUGUUUUUGCUUGAAUUAAUUUAUAUUUUAUUCUGUUAUAGUAUCUUUUUAUUUAAUUUAGAAAUCAUUAAUUUUAAUUGAAUUGAGUUUCACUCUUUAGUUUCGUUUUAUUUAAUUUCCUUUUAUUUUAUUUUAUUUUAUUUUAUUUUACAAUAUUUUAUUUUAUUUUAUUUUAUUUCAUUUCCUUUUAUUUUAUUUUACUUUAUUUUAUUUUAUUUUAUUUUAUUUUAUUUUAUUUUAUUUUAUUUUAUUUUAUUUUAUUUUAUUUUAUUCUAUUUUAUUCUUAUUAUAUUUUUUUUUGCGCUUAAUCCAUCUCGGCUAUUGCCGGAGAUUACACAUCCCGGAUAAAACUUUCAAGGGAUUGUGCUCUGGUGGAGCCUAGUCGAAGUUCUACGCCCAGGCGAUUGCAAUUGCUUAAAUACCAUAUUUAAAAACUACGAACUAUUGCACAUGUGUCCAGUAUGGUCGACUUCUGCAUGUCUUCUAAAAGGUGUUGGCAGUCAUACUUCUUCAAAUUUUUGAUUCGAUGCUUAGGCACUAAUCCAGUGGACGAUAUAAUUAUUGGAACUAUAUUCACUUCCAUCGCUUUGUACAUCCGUUUUAGUUCUAUGGCCAAGCAGCAUACUUUGAUAUUUUGGUGGAGUAUGUGCUUUGGAUGUUACGAUUAAGAGGCACCGCUAUAUCAAUUACUUCGAUUGUUUUACCUAUCAUGUCGAACAAGAUGAUGUCAGGUUUGUUGGCAGCUGCGGAUUGAUCUGUGGAAAUAAAUCUGUCCCAGUAUAGUUUAAAAUUUGCAUUUUCCAAUAUUGUCUUUGGUUGAUAUAUAAAAUACAAGACUUCUUGUAAGAGACCGUCUUUUAUCGCAAGUUGUUGGUAUAGGAUCUUUGCUAUAUUGUUAUGUCUCAUGACAUAUUCACGGGGGGGGAGGGGGGGCAAAUACGUUACAUCCAGCAAUUACAUGGUCAAUUGUUUCACCAUAAAUGCCGCACCUUCGGCACCUAUCUUCUAUUGCCGUUAUUUUAUUUUAUUCUAUUUUAUUUUAUUUCAUUUUAUUUUAUUUUGUUUUAUUUUAUUUUAUUUUAUUUUUCAUUAAACAUGCAAAUUUUAAGUACCUAUUCACGCCUUACAAAUUAUUAUAAUUUUGUUACAAUAAAUUAUUAAUAAUUUAUGCAUUAUAUAUUUCUCUAUUUUUUUCAUUUAUUAUAUGCAAUUUUAUUUCAUUUAAUUUUUUUGAUUUUAUUUUUAUUCAUUUUUUUGAUUUUAUUUUAUUUUUAAUUUUUUAGAAUAAAUUUUAAAUUACAAUUAAAGACAUGUUUUUAUUGUUUUUAAGAGAAUUUUAGUUUUGUUGUUUUUUGCUAUUAUUUUAUUUUCUUAAUUUUUUUCUCUUUACUUGAAUUAAAUUAUAUUUUAUGCUUUUGUAUUAUUAUUUUUUUUUUUAUUUAUAAGUUAU